UACUACUGCUACUACUGCUACUACUGCUACUACUGCUACUACUGCUACUACUGCUACUACUGCUACUACUGCUACUACUGCUACUACUGCUACUACUGCUACUACUGCUACUACUGCUACUACUGCUGAGGCUGAUUGGUGA